AUCGCAAGAUAGUUGCGGUCUGAAUUCGCGGGAGUGAGCAACAUGAACUGCGUGAGAUUGAUCUUCGUGCUGAGCUUUUUGUGGCUCAGCUCGUUCGCCAGUGACCCAGAUGACCCCCUCGUGGUGGAGCUGCCUCAGGGCAAACUGCGUGGUCGCGAUAAUGGAUUUUACUACAGCUACGAAUCGAUUCCCUAUGCCGAGUCACCCACGGGGGAGCUAAGAUUCGAGGCCCCGGAGCCAUACAAGCAAAAGUGGUUAGACACCUUCGAUGCCAGCCAGACACCAGUGGUGUGCCUGCAAUGGGAUCAGUUCAUCCAGGGCGACAACAAGUUGGCCGGCGAGGAGGAUUGCCUGACCGUCAGCGUUUACAAGCCGAAGAAUAGCAGCAGGGACAGCUAUCCAGUGGUGGCCCACAUCCACGGAGGUGCCUUCAUGUUCGGAGCAGCAUCGCAAAAUGGACACGAGAACGUGAUGCGAGAGGGCAAAUUCAUACUGGUGAAGAUAAGCUAUCGCUUGGGACCACUAGGUUUCGCAAGCACCGGCGAUACAGAUUUGCCGGGUAACUAUGGUCUGAAGGAUCAACGCCUGGCUCUGCAAUGGAUCAAGCAGAAUAUCGCCAGUUUUGGCGGACAGCCGGAGAACAUCCUGGUUGUGGGCCACUCCGCUGGCGGAGCUUCGGUUCAUCUGCAGAUGCUUCGUGAAGAUUUCGGCCAGUUGGCCAAGGCGGCAAUCUCUUUCAGCGGCAAUGCCCUGGAUCCUUGGGUUAUUCAGCAGGAGCAGGGUGCCCGAGGACGCGCCUUUGAGCUGGGUCGCAUUUUGGGCUGUGGACUGGCUGCUGAUUCGGAGACCCUCAAGAAAUGCUUAAAGUCCAAGCCAGCCAGUGAAAUUGUAACCGCUGUCCGAAACUUCCUUAUAUUUUCCUACGUACCCUUUGCACCAUUUGGGCCUGUGGUGGAACCUUCAGAUGCUCCAGAAGCCUUCCUCACCCAGGAUCCCACUGAAGUGAUUAAAAGCGGAAAGUUCGGACAAGUUCCCUGGGCCGUGACCUAUGUCACAGAGGAUGGUGGCUACAAUGCCGCCCUGCUUUUGGAGGACUGGAAUAAAGCUGGAAAGACUGUGCUUGAGGAACUCAACGAUCGUUGGUUCGAUUGGGCGCCAUAUCUGCUGUUCUAUAGAGACUCAAAGAAGAGCAUCCAGGAAAUGGAUGAUUACUCCCGAAAAAUAAGGCAGGAAUAUGUGGGAAAUCAGAGAUUCACGACCGAAAACUAUUGGGAACUGCAGCAACUAUUCACGGAUAUCCUUUUCAAGAACAGCACACAGGACUCUCUGGAUCUUCACCGUAAAUAUGGAAAGAGUCCCGCCUACGCCUUUUUCUAUGACAAUCCAGCCGAUAGAGGAAUCGCACAGGUUCUGACCAAGCGAAGGGAUAUUCAUUUUGGAACCGUUCAUGGUGACGACUACUUUUUGAUAUUCGAAAACGUUGUACGAGAUCUGGAAUUACGUCUGGAUGAGCAAAUAAUUUCCAAAAAUUUCAUCAAUAUGCUUGCGGACUUUGCUCUCAGUGACAGUGGCAUUCUGAAAUAUGGUGAAUGUGUUUUCCAAGACAAUGUGGGCAGUGAGAAAUUUAACUUAUUACUUAUAAACAAGGAGGGAUGUGAGAAUAAACAUUAUGUACAGUUUCCCUAAUUUUCUUGGAGGCAAUAAAAUUGAAAUUGAUUUCACAGAA